AGCGACCGACAGUGAGAAAUGUGAAAUAAGCGCACGAACUACUUUAGGCAGAUAGAUUACAUGUUCAUCUUUGACGCAUCUCGAAAGUGGCGCACUUUAGUAGAAAGGCGGUCUUGCAAAUAGGCAUGAAAAUUUGAAUGCAGACCACAAAUUGUCACCACUAGUUGAUGACAGUACGAAUGAAUUGCAUUCUCAAAGUUAAGUAUAAGUGAAGGACUACAAAUCCUUGUUACGCAACAAGAGCAUUAUAUUCGUUCAACAGCAUCAUGCGCGACAUCGAACUGUACACUUCGCCCGACGGGGCUCUGUCGCCGACCACCGGGUUCUACACCGUUGAGGGGCACAGCAAUUUCGGUGGCAUCGUCGGGGAAGUGGUUGGUUCAUCUGGCGGGUCAUCGUCUUCGUCGUCAUCGUCUUCUAGCAGGAGAAAUGCCGAGGCGCAGAUCGGUGUGAGCGUCGAAGAAUCCACUUCGCAGGAGCAACGCAAGCACCGCUGGCGAGAUCGAAGCAGCUGGCCGGAUCAUGCGGUUUCCGCGACGCCGGCUGGCAGGGCGAUCACAAGUUCGGCUACGAACUGGCAGAAGAGUGGACCAGAUGAAUUCAGAACAUCAAGAACAGCCGAACUUGCAGACAAAGCGGACCAAGUGAUUCAGGAGAUCACCAGCCCGGUAGUUUCGAUCAGCCGAGGAGACAUGAAGUUCAAGCUGCCAAGUAGCAUGCCAGAUAGCUACCUGCUUUCCUUGAACGCAAAUACCUCCCCGUCACCAAAAAUCUGCCGCUCGACCUCCUCCACCGCGGUGUUUGACUACUCCAACUCCUGUUUUUCCGAGUGUUUCGCCUACGUCACCCUUCCUGUGAUUUUAACUCUAAUCGGCCUUCUCCGAAUCUGGUAUCGGAGACGGAAGGACUUGUUCCUCUUGCGGUUGAGACGCCGGGAAACCGGGAAGUUCCAACUGUUGGCGGUGAUGCAGGUUGUGCUUUUGUUGCCGUUGUUGAGCCCGGACUCGCUGAGUUUGGGGCCGGAUAAUGCGGCGGGGGUGUACUAUGUGCGGGGAAGUGCGGAUUCGGCUUUGCCGGUAUGGUUUUUUCGUGCUGAAAAUGGGAUUAGAUGUUCUAGUUCUUCUGUUGUGAUGCAAGAAGUUCUUUGUGAUGCAGAAACAAAAUCAACAUGAAUUUAUCAAUCCAAAAUCCCAUCAGGUUCUCCUCUCCUCCACCUUUUUCCUCUCGUGUUUCGUCUUCGUCCCGAGCGCCGCCUCCUCCCCCUUCCUCUGGUUUCUCGCGACGAUACUCCGGACAGCGUUGUUAACCCGAUCAGUGUCUGCCGCGUACAGUUUAUCAAAACCGGAAGAACAUCAGUCCUUCGAAUGGAUCCAGAUACUCCAACUAUUUUCCGACAUAACCGCGUGUCUUACCUGUGUUGUCACCAGUUCCUACUUGAUUUACACCAAGCAGAUCAUCAACACGAGGACCGUAUCAAAUGUAAAAAUGUCUGGGUCUGGAAGAAUGCAAGACUUGUCAUGCAGAUUUUCCAUGACCCAGGAGAUAUGUUAUGUAUGACAUAGCAUGACAGAUUCUGUAAAGGUGCUAUCAUGCCUGUCCUGCAUGAGAAACUGCGUCUCGGUUAGGUCAAAAGUGGACAGCUUUUGGCACUCAUGCAACACAGAUUUUUGCAUGAUCCAGAAUUAGCAUGACAAGUUGCAACCUUCCAGACCCAGACAUAUUUGCAAUCCAUAGACCGCGUCUUUGGCGAGAUUGUUGCUCGAAACCAGCCAGCAAACCACGGAUUUAAACACGUUGGAGGAGUUGGAGAAGGAGCUGUGCAUCCGGGUAAAUGAAAAACAAUCACCGGAAGAGGUAUGGAGGUGUCAGGAUCGAAAUCGACAAAAUCGAAAAGUUUGUGAUGCAUAAAAUGUAGGGCACUGAAGGCCUGUAAUGGGGAGCAGGCAAAUGAGACCGAUUGCAAGCCCGUUUAGGGGUAUGCAAUUAUGUGAUGCCAGCGGAGCAUGACAGGAGCAGUCUUCUUUGCCCAAACAGCAUGACAAACUGGAUUUUGGUGCUCCCGAAAUUUGUCAUGCGCCACUUGAAAGCUAAGGCUUCAAAUGGUAUUGAUUUUGUGCAUCACAAAUUUUUCGAUUUUGUGAAUUUCGAUUCUGACACUUCCAUAGGAAGUCGCGACGUUUUACAGCAAACUCACCUUCGCCUGGUUCACACCGUUGGUGAAGUUUUGCUACAAGAAACAACAAAUCAACGAGCAGUUGCAAAUGGAACAAGUCCCGGUUCUUCCAGCUCAGGACUUAUCAAGUGUAAAAAUGUCUGGGUCUGGAAAAAUGCAACUUGUCAUGCUGCAUUUGGAUUCCAAAGAAAUCUGUAUUGCAUGAGUACCAAAGGAAAUGCAAUCUUUGCUACGCUGAGAAGGCCUUUGUCAUGCGGAAUACGCGUCAAGAAGCCCUCAAAAAAUCUGUAUUGCUAGGGUAUGCAUCACAGACAUCAUGGCUCAUGCAAAACGUGCAUGACAAGUGUCAGAAUCUUCCAGACCCAGACAUUUUUACAGUUGAUAGGAUUUAGCGCAAGUCCAUUACUUAAAGCUGAAAAAGGAGUGGGACUACGAGUUGGAAAACUACCCGGAGAACCCGUCACUAACCCACGCACUAGCAAGGUGUUUCGCCGGCGAAGCCUUGUUCGGACCACAGGGCUUGAUGAAGAUCGGAUCGGACUGUCUACACUUCUUGAACCCGUUUCUACUCAACACGCUCUUGAAGUAUUUACAGGACGACAAAUCAGCUGACCAGUCGGAGUUGAAGGGGUGGCUUCUCGCGAUCGGGAUGUGCUUGACGAGCUUGUUGCAGGCGAUUUUUCUAACCCACUACUUCCAAAUCGGGUACCGGGCCGCGAUGCACGUGCGGUCCGCUUUGAUCGUCCUGGUUUUUCAAAAAUCCUUAAAACUCGUCCCCGGCGCUUUGGCGGAUAAAAAGGUCGGCCAGGAAAACGUCGGCCACGUCACCGCCGCUGACAUCGCCGGGUCACCGAGGUCCUCCUGGGUGCAGAAGUUACUAGCGGCUUUCUUACCGGUGAACCCCGGGAAGUCGGAUUACGAGGGAAGUGUUGGGCAGAUCAUGAACUUGGUUACCGCGGAUACUGAUCGAUUCUCCACACUCAUGCCGUAUCUGAACCUGAUCUGGUCCGCGCCGUUGCAGCUCGUUCUCUGCUUCUUCUUCCUCGCGUAUUACGUCGGGUGGGCGACAAUCGGGGGGUUGUUUGUCAUGGCGGUGUCGUUUUCCAUCUCCGGUAAGGUGCAGAAGAAGGCGCAGGCUCUGCAACGAGAGGUGAUGAAGGUGAAGGAUGAAAGGCUGAAGAUUCAGAAUGAGUUGCUGAACAGUAUCAAAAUCAUCAAAAUCUACGGCUGGGAACAAUCUUUGUUCAAUCGAGUAGCGGAGAUUCGGGACCGGGAAUUACAUCUGCAAAAACGGGUCCGGCAGUGGAGUGGAAUUCAAUGGCUCCAGUUCACGAUCGCACCAGGUUUCGUCGGCUGUGCAACCUUUUUCGUCCACUGCAUCGUAUUAGGGAAGACAUUGGAUCCGGCCACCGCUUUUACCGCUCUGGCUUUGUUCUCCGUGAUCGGGUUCCCGUUAGGCGCUCUCCCAAUGAUGCUGCAGUGGCUAUUGCAGUCGCAGGUCGCGGUUAUGCGACUGGAGGCGUUUUUGAAAAAACCGGAAGUGCAGGGGAAUAUGCGGAUCGAGAAGGAUGUAGUGACCGGAGCGGAAACGAUCGUUUCGUCGAAACAAAAAGUGCACAACAUCAAGCAGAACAGCAUCAGUAAUUUUAAUACCGCCGGGUCGGGGCAGCCCCAGCCGCAGCAACCGACGAGUAAUGAGGAGAUCAAUUCGAAAUUAGCUGUGGAGAGGAGGCGGAACCAAAUUCUGCAGAACUCGUCUUUGAUUCAUGAUUCUCAGAGGCCGUUGUUGGAGACGAGUAAUACGCCGAAUUCCGAUGGUGGAAACGCGAUUUCGGCUUUCCCGAUCGCGAGAAAUUCGGUGACAAUCGAAUCCGACUUACCCUUGCAGGACAUGACCCCGAGGUCAGAUUCAACCGGAGUGACGGAAUCGUCGACUCCGCGGCUGAUGGGGCAGAAGCGGGAUGAGAAGAAAAAUAACCCGAGGAACAAAGCCAGAGCAGCCUCAAUUUCUUCCUCCCAGGAAGACAAGGAAAAUUUCGGAAAAAUCGUGGUUGAGUACGAAUUCCGGAAGUUGCAGUGGCCGGGGUCGAUUCCGUUAUUGGACAACCCAGAGAACACGCAAUUUCACUUCGGCAUGGGUGAUUUCGUGUGUGUGGUGGGGGCUACCGGGAGCGGGAAAACCGGGUUUUUGACCGGGUUACUCGGGGAACUGAGCAACCAAAGCGGGGUCGUGCGGAACUUGUUCAAAGGACGGUAUAGAACAUCAACUUGUGUUGCUUUGAUAUUUUGGUGGAAUUUGUGAUGCGGUUUCUCCUCAGAAAAUCAUGCUUCUUUUGCCUAUAAAGGAAAUCAAAAAUCAAAAAACAGUGGCGUCCGUUACUGCGCGCAGCAGCCGUGGGUUUGCAACAAAUCCUUCCGGGACAACAUUACUUGGGGAACUUCAAACCCGACGAAUGGAACAAGUUCAUCUUCUUCACAGCUCGACCCCGAACCACUUUCCCAAUCUUCCUCCAGCGACAACCUCAACCCGCAUUUUGACGACAUUGAGUACCAGAAAACCCUGCAAUGUUCCGCCCUCCUCCCAGAUAUCGAGGUUCUCCCAAAUGGCGAUUUGACGGAAAUCGGCGACCGCGGCGUCACCCUCUCCGGGGGACAGAAAGCAAGGAUCGCGAUCGCCCGGGCAAUUUACGACGUGCAUUCCGCUGAUGUAUUCGUUUUCGACGACGUCUUAUCUGCGGUGGACGCUCAUGUCGCGGCACAUUUGAGGAGUGAAGUGUUUCGGGGGAGGUUGGUGGAUAAAUGCGUGAUUCUAGCGACCCACGACGAGCAGACGGUGAGACUCGCGACGAAAAUCAUCCACGUGGCGGGGAAUAACGGUGGACACGAUAGCAGUGCCACAUCUAGCAGCGGUGCAGGAUCAGGAGCAACAGAAGCAGAAAACAUCAAGCGGCCGAACAGGAUCACGGCAAGUUACGAUGCGGAAAACGAACGGGGGAAUUUGGUCGCGAGUAAUUCCGGCUACGCUGAGGUCCGAAUGUUCUCCUCCUACGAAGAUUACAAGGCGAGCUUAACUUCCGACUCAUCCUUAGACACACUCCAUUCCGAAGAUUCCGACUCUGUUUACUCCGACGAAGAAGAUUCUCUCCAGCUCGGGAACGGCGCGACCGCGAGUCCCGGGGGGACGGUUGGACAGGUCCGAGCGAGAAGCAGAACGAGGUCGAAGGAUAAAUCGGUUAACGCAGCGACGGGGGAUCACAAAUCAUCUUCGCCGACGGAAAAGAAAGAGGAGAAAUCCGCUGAUAGCACGAGUUUGGAGAAGCAGAAAUCUCUUAUGCAGCAGAACACGGGAGAGGAAGAGCGGGAGAAGGGAUCGGUAUCCUUCGACUGCUACAAGUACUAUUUGAAUGCGAUGGGCGGUUGGAAGUGGAUUUUGCUCUACUUUUUCGCCAUGACGAGCUCGGAAAGUUGCACGGUAUUAGCGAACACGUGGAUUUCUCAUUGGUCUGAUAACGUCGGGAACUUAUCCUCGACCUUCGGCUUAGCGGUCUACGCGGGGAUUCUCAUCUUCGGCGCGUUUGCGCUCUUCCUCUUCAUUCUGUACCGAAUCACCAUGGGCCAGAACGCGGCGAGAAAACUUCACAUGGACUGCCAGCUUGCGGUGUUACGAGCAAAAAUGAGCUGGUUGGACGUGACGCCCGUCGGCCGGAUUUUGAACCGGUUCGCAGAAGACACGGUGAUAUUGGACAACAACUUACCAAUCACCGUCUCGUUGAAUUGCCAGUGGUUGUACCGGUUGUUGAUGAUUUUUGUUCUCGCGUCGCAGGUCUCCGUCUGGACAUUAUUACUCUUCAUCCCCAUCUGGGCGAUCUUCCUCCAAACGCAGCGGUUCUACAUCCCAAGCGCCCGGGAUUUACGCAGGUUAGACACGGUGAACAAAUCCCCGAUCUUCAGCCACUUCGCGGAAACUCUGAUCGGAUUGAGCACGAUAAGAGUUCAUGAAUUGGAACGGAUCGCGAGCAAAUUGAACAUCAUCAAACUCGAGAAACAACUCCAAGUCUUCUUCCUCGCCAACUCCGCAAACCGGUGGCUUUCUCUCCGGAUGCAAUUGACCGGCACACUACUAGUCUCCGGUGUCUGCCUAUUCGCGAUCGCGUUGAGACAGUAUUUGGUCGCGGGGAUCGUCGGGCUGGCGAUCAUGUACAGUUUGAAGUUAACCGACACGUUGAACGCGUUGAAUCGGGAAUCUGCGGACUUGGAGACGCAGAUGAUCAGUGUGGAAAGGUUGAAACAGUACAUCUUCGACAUCCCCUCGGAAGCGGCGUUGGAGGUAGAGCAAGGCGCUGCGCCAACUGAAGAUUCUGCGGAGGAAACGCGCUUAGACAACUGGCCGAGUCGGGGCAGGAUCGAGUUCCAAAACGUCUCGCUAAAAUACCGGGAGGAGCUCCCUCUAGUUCUGAAAAACAUCACCUUGACCAUCCCGGCCGGUACCUCUCUCGGGAUCUGCGGAAGAACGGGUAGUGGAAAAUCGUCUUUACUCCUCUCUCUAAUGCGGUUGGUGGAGCCGGAUUACGCAAACGGGUCUGUGCAAAAAAUCGACAACAAGGACAUCUCGAAAAUCGGGUUGCACCAAUUGCGGAGAAACCUGAUGAUCAUUCCCCAGGACCCCGUGAUUUUCUCUGGAAAAGUCCGGUUUAACUUAGAUCCGUUUGGGGAAGCGAGCGAUGCGGACAUGAUCCGGGCACUGGAAUUGUCGCAGUUAACGAAGAAGUUAGGGACGAAUUUAGAUGCGGAGGUGUCGGAAGGGGGAAGCAAUUUUUCCCAUGGGGAAAGGCAACUACUGGCGCUGGCAAGGGCGAUUUUGAGGUACAUAGAAAGAUAGGAGCGAGAUGAAAUUGGUUUUGGUUUUUCAUGCCAGCAGUUCUGUGCGUCCUGUAAGUUCAAUUUCUGAUGCAAAAGUAGCACCAUAUUCGUUUUUGUCAUGCUCAGAUUGCAUUAUACCGAUUUCCAAUUUUUGAAAAAAAUAACAGGAAACCCACCGGUGACACUUCGUUCAACGGCAUCUUGCUCCUCGAUGAAGCCACGUCCGCCCUAGACCCGGAGCUGGACAAGACGAUCCAAUCCAUUCUCCGCACCCACUUCCAGGGAUCCACAAUCCUAACUAUCGCCCACUAUGCAUUGCAAAUAUGUGGUCUGGGUCCGGAAGAAUGCAACUUGUGAUGCUUCAUUUGGAUUCCAAAAAAAUCUGUAUUGCAUGACCAGCAAAGGGAGUGCAAUUUUUGCCACACGGAAAUGGCAUUUGUCAUGCUGAAUAGGCAUCAAGAAGCCCUCAAAAAAUAUGUGAUGCUCGGGCAUGCAUCACAGGCAUCACGGCUCAUGCAAAACGGGCAUGACAAGUCUGAGAAUCUUCCAGACCUAGACAUAUUUGCAAUGCAUACCCACCGAAUUUCCACGAUUUCGGAUUACGACGCGGUGGCGGUUUUGGAGGCCGGGAAAGUGGUGGAGUACGGGGAUCCGCGGAAAUCUAUCAAAUACAAAUAUGUUUGGGUCUGGAAGAACGCUGGAGUUUGUCAUGCAGAUUUUGCAUGACCCAUAAGGUCUGUGAUGCAUGCCCUAGCAUCAGAGAUUCUGCGAUGGAUUUCUGAUGCUCAUACUGCAUGAGAAAUGCCCUCUCCGCGUAGCAAAAAUUGGACCUCUUUUGCUGUUCGUGCAAUACAGAUUUUAUGUAGAAUCCAAAGGUAAGUAGCAUUACAAGCUGCUUUCUUCCGGACCCAGACAUAUUUGCAAUGCAUAAAAUUAAUGAAGCAAAAGAACGGAAAAUUCGCAGGGUUGACGCAGUCUUUGACAAGUAAUGGCAGCUUGGCGAGUUCGAAUUCGUUGACGAAACUCGCGUCGGCUAGUAGUGCUGGGAAGUUGGCGUCGCAGUAGGUGGGGUAGUGAAAGAAGUACUACUGCAUCUUCGAUGAGGGAAAGAACAAUUUUGACCACACGAAUAAUACGAACAAAUUUCGAAAUAGCAAAUAAAUGCACAACCGAUGCAUUGGCAUAUACAACAGUUUUGCAGCAAAUUGAUACAACAAAUUGAAGCUUCAAUAUCAUCAGAAAACUACGUGUGAAGAGGGUGAUUAUACCACAAGGGAAAUAUUAAACAAAAUUAUCAAAUUGUAACCACCACGAGAAUACCAGUAUGCAACCGAUGAUAAAUCGCAUCAAGAACCUGUAACAACGCCUACCCCAACCUUGAUCUGAGUAGGAUGUAGGAUCAUCAUCAUGACAUCCACGCCGCGCCCGAGUAAGACAGACCAGCACAUGCAUUCCCUUUCUUGAGACAACAAUUGCGCCACGCUUUAAUCAUCUUCCCUCGCCGCAAUUUUCCCAGAUCCCCGUUCCUGCCUGGGUUUCGCGUUUCGGCCUACCCUACUAGAUUUCAGUUGUAAGUAGUACUACCCUUUAAGAAUACAAUUGCAGUCAAAAAGAAUACAGUAUAAUGCGCGGUAUUCUUGGCUGAAUAUCAUCGAAGUGCUAGCCUGUAACGCAGGGGCAAAGCGACUAACGCGCCACAGCGACGAGAUGUGAGUGGUUUUUACCUGGCAAUUAUCUCGAUAAGAUUUCCUCAAACUGUAUUUUGGAUGAAAUUUGUCCCCAGUAUAACAAACUGUACAAAGAAGAGUAGUAGAAGCGAUGUUG